CUUUUCUUUUCCCAGCCUUCGACGGAACGGAGAAAAUUGGCACGCCCAGGCAUAAUGCCUCGAUUCCCAUAGCCUCGUGCAAAACUAAAGACACAGUUUCGUUUAACGUCUUACCUUGGUUUCCCUCGCUACGGUACCGUUGUGUGCUUGGUGGCUUGUUCGUUCGAUUUCAGCCUCUUCCACGCCUCCCUCCGCUGCGGUUCCCCACGAAUGAAGACACACGACUUGACUUACUUGCCCCCCUCGCGCUUUCGCUAGGCUGACUGAUUGACUGUCGAAAGAACGAAAGGGUUUACAUGCAAUUCGUCUGCGUUUGUUAAGAGUCGAGAUAUCCCCCCCGUGCUUUCUGCUGUCUUCCUUCCCGCCUUUGUUCGUUUCCGUUGUCGCCUAUUGCACCUGUUCCAUUUUACGGAAUUACUGGGAUAGGAAGCGUUAUUAGUGUGGAGGAAAAUACUUUUUCCUAAAAAAAAAUUUCGGUUUAUUUCCUCUCACUUUUUUCUCUGCGUUUGUCACCCUGUGUCAGUUAGCCCUAUACCACGAGGGAGAGAAACGAAUAGGAACGGGAGGUUAGAGGAUGAAGUUACAACGGCUUUCACGUGCUCUGGAGACGCAGCAGGCUCACCAGGAGGGGGAUCCAAACCCUCAAGGGAAGGCAUUAAUCAUUGCCGUUGUCUUGAUUUCGUUUCUGUUCUUUGCCAUAAUCACAUAUAUUGUCCUCCGAUACAUCCGACAGGCCCACCCUCUAGCACCAAAGUUUUUCCCCGAGAAAUGGAAGAAGAAGUGGAUUACUUGGCAACCAGGAAUAUAUGCCCCCACAGCAUCCUCAGCCAGCCCAACCCAGGAGCCAAGUGCGGCUGCCCGGCGAGAACUAGAGAGGAGAGAAAGGAGGGAGAGGCGGAGAAGGGAGCAGCGGCAACAGCAGCAAGCAUCAGGCGUGAACAGAGUAGAAAGUGUUCGGAGUAUAAUGACUCUACCAGAGUACAGGGCAGUGCCGCUGCCAGAUCGGGAGAGGACAAUAGGAAGGGAAGGAGAACGUGGAGGAAUCGAUGUAGUGGUUGAGGCCCCAGAAACUGCCGAGGAAGAGGAGGAGCGACGAGAGGAGCACAUGCGGGCACUGUACGAGAUCCGUCUAGCCAGGCAGCUGGAGCGAGCAGCGGAGCGGGAGAGUGCGCAAAAUGGUGGACGAGGCGGUAGCGCUACCCACACUGCAGCUGGUUCCCGAAACAGAGGCAACGGUUCGGCAACUUCCCUCGCCGCGACGCUAGCAGCAGUACAGGAACGGGAACGGCGUUUGAGCGAGGUCUCCUAUGCAGAGAUUGGUGUCGCAAGGCCUGAUGGAUCCCGAGUCCGUGCGAGCUCUGACGUCUCCGACAGGGACAGCCUUCCCCUCCUGGACGCCGGCGCACCGAUGGGCGUGGGGGAUAGUAUCCGCAGUGGCCAAAGCAGCCAUAUUCGAACCAACAGCGCUCUCUCCCUCACUAGCACCCUCGGCACUCCCGAGCGACGCCGCAGCGACGAGAUCUUUGGCAUGGGAAGCACUCGCCCGAGUCUGGAUAACCGCGAUAGCAUCCACGGCAGCGCCCCCAGCGACCGGCCGCCAGGCUAUUCCGGCGACCCGGACUGGGGCGCGCCGCCAGAGUACCCUGGCGCUGUCGAAGACGGCCGAGGUGAUAUGAGUGUCCCGGCAUUACGGAUCGAGACUGCCUCCCCGGAUCCUUAUAGAUCCCCACAGCAAGCUCAUCCUUAA